AUGCAAAAUCGUUCGAUUAAAAGUUCUUCGAAUUUCCCUAAAUAUAUACAUGUAGGAGGUUUAGAAAAAGUGAAAGAUACAAUAAAAGAAACAUUCGAAAUACCUUUAAAAUACGAUUUUUUAUUCAAAAAAAUAAACAUCAAAUUACCUAGAGGAGUACUUUUGUAUGGCCCUCCUGGUUGUGGGAAAACCUAUAUAGCGUAAGCAACUUGUAACGAAUUAGGAAUGAAUUUUUUCAGUGUUAAAGGCCCAGAAAUAUUAAAUAAAUAUAUAGGAGCAUCAGAAUAGGCAGUGAGGGAUUUGUUCGAAAAAGCUUAUUAAAAAAGACCUUCGAUUGUGUUCUUUGAUGAGUUUGAUGCUAUUGUGCCUAAAAGAAAUGCGGGAAAUACAGGAGUUACUGAUAGAGUUGUUAACUAGUUCCUUUGUUAUUUAGAUGGGGUUGAAAAUUUAGAUGGUGUUUGUAUUUUGGCAGCUUCUUCGAGGCCAGAUCUUGUUGAUCCGGCUUUAUUAAGACCUGGGAGAAUUGAUAGACAUGUGUAUGUUGGAUUUCCUAAUAAAGAUGAAAGAAGGGAUAUUAUUCAGAUUUAUGGAAAAGAUAAAGUCGAAGAUGUUGAAGAUCUAGUGGAAAUUUCAAAUGGAUUUUGUUCAGCUGACUUAGUAGCACUUAUUAAGGAAAUUAGAAUUAAAAUUGCACAUCAGCUUAUGGAAGUGAAAAAAGGCCUUCUACAAGUAAAGAUGAUGUGA